AAUGUCAGUGGAUAUGUUCAGCGAGCGGGGGCGGCGGCACACCUGGGGAAUUACACGAACACGCAACCGCGCCGUUGCGUGUUUAAUGGAAGUUGUCCCGGCGCAGGACACCAUGCAUUGAGCUUCAGCUGCGGAGUAAGGCCGACCGACAUGUACACGACUGAGCGCAGGCGAAUGAGCCUGCACGAGCUGAGGAGGAAAGAUCCCGUCUGGGUGUCAGCUGGAAGUUUGUGGCAGGACUCUUCGACCGUAGAGCCGAGCGGGGGGGGCUCUGGCAAACCCAUCGUGUCUCCACGCAGCCGGACCAGAGCCGUAUCCGUGGCAUACAUAGUGAACGAGGACGCGUCGGUGCUGCAGACCGAGGAGAACUUAACCCUGAAAUGCCUGAAGGAAGCAUGCGCGGACGCACACGCGGUUUUCAAAACGAUUCCAUUCGAGAGAAUAUCCCUGGGCACCACUGACAUCCUGGACAGCUUCUACAAUGCAGAUGUAGCAGUGGUUGAGAUGAGUGACUCUUUCUGCCAGCAUUCCCUCUACUAUCACUUGGGAGUGAGAGAAAGUUUCAGCAUGACCAAUAACAUAAUCCUCUACUGUUACAAGCAAGAUAGCGAUCUACAGACUCUCAAGGAGCAGUGUGGUAGUUACACAUUCAUCCCUUACGUAGUGUCACCUCAGGGCAAAGUGUUUGCCUGUGACGCCACAGUCAUGAUGACCGGCAUCAAAGAGUUGAUGCAGCCCAGUUUCCAGCUGGAGCCCCUGCUAACCCCGCUGGUGGAGAGACUGGUGCAUCUGCUGAACAAUGUACAAGUUCAGUCCAGCGAGUACUUCCGGGAGUCGAUCAGGCAUGAGAUCCGUAUGGCUCGGGAGCGGUUCAGCGGCCAAGCCCUGAGCGAAGAGUUAAGCCGCAUCCAGAAACGCCUGGACAGUGUCGAGCUGCUCACCCCUGAUAUAGUCAUGAACCUGCUGUUGUCCUACAGGGACAUUCAGGACUACGAUGCCAUAAUCAAACUGGUGGAGACUCUGAACGACCUGCCCAUGUGUCUGGUAGCAAAACAUCAGAACAUCAAAUUUAACUACAUAUUUGCUCUAAACAGGAGAAACCACCCCGGGGAUCGCGCGAAGGCUUUGGAGGCCAUUCUGCUCAUUGUGGAGUCGGGGGUCAAUGUGGUGUCGGACGUCUACUGCCUGUGUGGACGGAUCUACAAAGACAUGUUCAUGAGCUCCGGGUUCACUGAUCAACCCAGCAGAGUUAGAGCCUGCUAUUGGUAUGGAAAAGCUUUUGAGAUGGAGCCAACUCUUCACUCGGGCAUCAACAACGUGGUCCUCCUUAUGGCUGCUGGACAUGAAUUUGACACUUCUAUUGAGCUGCGUAAAAUAGGUGUGACUCUAAGCACCCUGCUCGGUAGAAAAGGCAGUUUGGAGAAGAUGAAGGACUACUGGGACGUCGGCUUCUACCUCGGAGCAAACAUCCUCGUUAACGAGCAACGAAAAGUCAUCUUGGCCUCUGAUAAACUCUACAGGCUCACGGCCCCUGUCUGGUAUGUGGCAUCCAUCAUGGAGACGUACAUUCUAUACCGGCAAUUUGCAAAGCUACCCAAGGAGAAAUCUCCUAAACAGGACACCAUGGACUUCUGGAUGGAGCUGCUUUUGCAGGCCUGUAAACCCACCGACUCAACAGGCCGCUGCCCAGUGCUCAUUCUGGAGCCCAGUAAAGUCCUCCAACCGGCUAUUGUGUGUGUGAGCGAGGAGGACGAAAGUCGCACUGUCCAGUUAAAACACGUCACACCCUUACAGAAAGGCUUACACCAGUGGACUUUCCCAUCCUCUGCAAUUCGGGGAGUGAGUGCUUCAAAGAUUGAUGAGCGGAGCUGCUUCCUGUAUGUCCACUACAACUCAGAUGACUUCCAGCUCUGCUUCCCCUCUGAGCUUCACUGUAAAGGUUUCUGCGAGCUGGUAAACUCUCUGCUCCAGCUGGCUGAACAGCCCUCCCAGGACCUGGACCAUCUAUCUGAGGGAAUACUAGAGUACAUCUAUGAUACCAAUGAUAACGGCGACAAGGUGGUUCUGGGUAAAGGGACGUACGGUGUGGUGUACGCUGGGAGGGACCUGAGCAACCACGUACGCAUCGCCAUCAAGGAAAUCCCUGAGAAGGACCGCACGUACUCCCAGCCCCUUCACGAGGAGAUAGCUCUGCACAAGAGGCUGAAACACAGAAAUAUUGUCCAGUACCUGGGCUCCGUCAGUCAGGAUGGCUUCAUCAAGAUCUUUAUGGAGGAAGUACCUGGAGGAAGUUUGUCAUCUCUCCUGCGCUCCAAAUGGGGUCCCCUGAAAGACAACGAGGCCACCAUCAUCUUCUACACCAAACAGAUCCUCGAUGGACUCAAGUACCUUCAUGACAAUCAGAUAGUCCACAGAGACAUUAAGGGGGACAACGUAUUGAUCAACACAUAUAGUGGAGUGUUGAAGAUCUCUGACUUUGGGACCUCUAAACGAUUAGCAGGGAUCAACCCCUGUACCGAGACAUUCGCUGGAACUCUUCAGUACAUGGCCCCAGAGAUCAUAGACCAAGGGCCUCGGGGUUAUGGGAAGCCGGCUGAUAUCUGGUCCCUAGGGUGCACUAUUAUAGAAAUGGCAACAGGCAAACCACCCUUCCAUGAGCUGGGAAGUCCUCAGGCAGCUAUGUUCAAGGUGGGCAUGUUUAAGAUCCACCCCAAGGUCCCAGAGUGCAUGUCGGACGAGGCCAAGGCCUUCAUCAUGAACUGUUUCGUGCCGGACCCCGACGACAGAGCCACAGCCACCAAGCUGCUGAGUGACACCUUCCUCAGGUCGUCUCCCAGAAAGAGGGCCAAAGCUCCGCAGGAAUCGGAACCUAAGGACUACCUUUCUGCUGCUGACUACCAACGCAGCCUGUCUGUACCCGUCUCCAUCUUUGUGGAGGACACUGAUUCGUACUCGGGUUCGAUCGACCUGUCCUGUUCCCUGGACCUCAGGGGGCACCAGUCCAGCCUCACAGCAGAUGAAAACUCCGAGAGUCCAGCCAGCACCAGCAGCUUCCUGUCAAUACCAGAGGACUCCACAUCAGACUUGAGCAGUCCAGCCUCAGCGGAGGAGAAUAUUGGUCUUUUUAUGCUGAGAAAGGACAGUGAAAGGAGAGCCACACUGCACCGAGUGCUUACUGACUACAUCAACCUGGUGGUCUCUAAUGUACUGGAGUCUGUGCCUCAGCAUGACAGAGGAGCAACGCUGACUGCAGACCACAUUAGGCAGCUCAUCAGCUGCCUGCGAGACAACAUCCGCUCCCCUGACAGGAAGCAUCUGACCAGCUGCCUGCUGGAACUCCGAGCCACGCUGCUCACCGCUGCAGUGUCACUGAACAGCCUGCAGGCGGUGCUCUUCAGCUUCCAAGACGCAGUAAAGAAGGUGUUGAGGCAGCAGCAAGUGAAACCUCACUGGAUGUUUGCUCUGGACAAUCUGCUGAGACAGGCAGUACAGGAUGCUAUCACUGUGCUCCUGCCAGAGCUGAAACUCCAGCUGCAGUCCUCAUUUGAGACGGAGGACAGCACUUCUGAGGAGCAGUAUGCUGACCCCGACACUCCUGUCGUUAUUGUCCCUGACCACCUGUUUGAGCCAGACGACACGCAGCAGACCACAUCCAUAUACGAGAUCCUGCCCACGGCAGACCGCAACUCUCCUCCAGACCUCGUCCUCAACAGCAGCUGCCCCCUCAGUGAGAUACUGAUGGGCCUGCGACUAGAGACCAGCAGACUGCUGAGUCAGCUGAAUGAGAAGGAGAGAGAGUAUCAGGAGCUCCUGAGGAUCUCUGUCCAGAGGAAGCAGGAACAGAUAGAUGCACUGAGAAAAGCUGCAAACGCUGAAGAUGGUGGAUUGACCACAUGGAAAAGCUCUAAACCAGAAGAGAAGGCUUUGAUGCGCUGGCUCAAGUCUGUCCCUGUAGAUCAAGACACUAUCGAUAAGUUGCUCUCUCACAAGUUCACCUUGGACUGUCUCUUCUACAUGGCCUCCAGGGAAGACCUGAUGUACUCUGGAAUAAGAGGGGGAAUGCUGUGUAGAAUCUGGGCAGCGAUCGCAGCUCGCAGGAAGACCCAGCUCAGCACACACAGUGAGGACGGCGAGGACACUCUUCUUUAAUGGCGUCUGAUGUUGUACAUCAAAGGACAGAAUUAUUGACAGGCUGGUCCUGUGUCAUCUGGAGGAAGUGGUGAACAGGGCUGUGUCUGCAGGGACCUGAUGUAAAGCAGGAUAGAUUUCAGUUGCCUUGUCAGACGGUGAAUGUAUGUUUCUUAAAAUAUAUUGACAAUUUCUUCUGGUUUUAGGUAGAAUGCAAAAAGUCAGAUCUUGCAGGCCUUUAAAAUUAAUAUUUUGUAAAUUUUCUCAGGGCUUUGGCAAGUGGGACAACCAUUAAUUAAUAAAGAAAACAGCUGACAGAGUAUUUGUUUAUCUACAAACUGGCACGAUAAAUACAUAUACGGUAUAAAUGAAUGUGGCCUUCUGACAACGCUAUUUUACUGUGCAGGAUUUAGCAGGACCCAAGUUAUUUUUAUUAUUCAAACGUGGAUCAUUUGUACUGUAUGUGCUCUUAAAACUCAUUCAGAUAAUAAAAGAGAACCUUAAAUCUC